AACCUUCGCUUUCAUUCAUUCAUUCACUUCCAGCAAUGGAAUUAGAGGACUUGUUCCCUUUUGCUACACUUUGAAAUACUAUAUAGUAGCUUUUUCCUUUGUCGUCAUCAUUAUUAACUCAUUAUGAUCAAUCAAUACUUUUUCCAAUGAAGUUUUCAUCGUUGGCUCUCUUUCUUAAUACAAAAUCCCAGUUCAGAAAUUCUCUACUUUUUAUGCCACACAUAUACACACUUCUCUCUCUCUCAAUCUUGGAUUUGCUAGUUUUGUUCCACCCUUUUCAGUUUUCAUGUCAAGUUUGAAGCUUUGAUGCUUUUCAAGCACACGCAUAUUCUUGUUUUGAAUUCAUUCAUAGCUGAAGUUUCAGUUGGUGGAUACGGAGUUUGUUCUUGUUCCUCUCAUUGGGUGUGGAAAAGGAAGAGUGCUGGUUCAUUUCGCAUCAUAUAGAGGGAAAGGAAAGGACCUGAAAUUUUUAUUGGUUGAGACAUGAAUCCUGAAAUUGAUGACAUGAGAUUGUUCUGGUAGACCCUUUGAUAUAUGGGAGGCUUAUUGGCUUAUUGCAAAUGUUUAAGUUCAAUCAGGACCUGGAAACUUCUGGAAACGGCAUGGAGCUGCAAGUAGAAACAUCUCAGGUCCACUGUUCAGAAGGAGAAUUACCAUACUCUUGUCAAGUAGAAGAUGGCUGGUCAAAGACAAAUAGUUACUCAAAUGUGUAUUCAGUGAAAAAAUUGAACAAAGAGGAUUUUUCCAAACAAUCAGGCACCAGAAAUAAUGCACCAAACCUUGUGGCAAGGUUGAUGGGGAUAGACACCAUGCCAUUACCAUUAGACACUAAAUCUGUUGUUCCAUUGGAUGAAAGCAAACAUGGAAAUAUGGAGAGGAAGUUUUCAAAAAACGGAAUGAAUCCAAGGGGUUCUGUUGGCAGGGGUUCCUCCAACUUUAAUUCUUCUAGCCAUAUGGUAUUUGAUUCAUUUUAUCGAGACAUUGAUGUUGGUGAUGAUCAAUGCGGACAGAAUUUUGGAAAACCAAGGCCUAGGGAACAUCCUCAGGAAGAGGAACUAAAAAAAUUCAAGAAAGAAUUUGAAGCAUAUCAAGCGUCAAGGUUUAAGGAGGGGUCAAAGAAUGUUGAAAUUGGAAGUGGUUCUGGGAGAAUGCUUUCUCAAGAGAACCUGAGCAAGGAAAAGAUGCUACAGAUUGCAAGUUCAAAGACAGAUAGCCACACAUUUAAGACAAAGCUACUUAAUGGUAAUAUGAUGGAGCCAAUCUCAACUAAGAAAAACGAACCCUUUCCUUCAAGAAGUAAAACACCAAGUAGAGACUUUGAGGAGUCUUUAAUGAUGAAAUCUAGAAGCAGAUUAGAUAUAUGUGCUUCUUCCACUCAGAUAGUUAUCUUGAAGCCUGGUUCUGAUAGGAUUUGCAAUUGCAACCAUGAACAGAAUUGCAUCAGUUUAUCAGGCACUUUACACGGGAGAAAAGGUAUAGAAGAUUUUCUUGAGGAAGUGAGAGAGCAGUUGAAAUGUGAACUGCAAGGGAUUAGAGCUAGUGGAACUGAGACACCUCACAAUGAAAAACUAUCUGAUGCUAAAGAGGUCAGAGAAAGUGUGACUAGAGAUGCUGAACCAAAUUUACUCCGCUCGGAAUCAACAAGAUCAUACAAAAGUAAAUUGCAGUUCAACGGACCAAGUUCCCCAGAAUUUUUCAACAUAGAUACCAGGAGAUUCUUGUCAGAGAGGCUAGGAAAUAUUGUAAAAAGUGAACUGCAUUUGGAAAUUCCUGAAGUGGCUUGUUAUUUAGACAAUGGCAGGAUUAGAUUAAAGCAGGAUACUGUAAAGUUUGCAAAUGACAAGAGUCAGUGGGGAGUUUUGAAAGAGAAAAAAGAAUUACAAACAGGUUCCUACAGACACAAAUUAGAUGACAAUGUAUUGUUCCACAAGGAGUUGUCUCCUAGAAACCUUGAAAGAUCCUUGUCUGCUCCUGCAUCAGGAACAUCAUUUGGAAGGCUUCUUCUAGAGGACCGCCACAUAUUAACGGGCGCCCUUAUUCAGAGGAAGCUUGAAGCUGUUGAAGCAAUGCCUGUGGAUGUUAAAAAAAAGAAGAGAGAUGGAUUUAAUAUUAAAGAAAAACUUUCCAAUUUUAAAUAUACUCUUGGUCUCAGAGGGAAGCUGUUUGGCAAAAGGGUUCAGUCAAUAGUAGAAUCACAUGGCAGUGAGCAUGGUCCAAUUUUGAGAGAUAUCAGAAGUGGACCAACUGUUCUCAUGAAAUAUGGUGAGAGACAUGAGAACUCCACUGAGGUACCUCCUAGUCCUGCAUCUAUGUGCAGCUGUGUUCAUGAAGAAGAUUGGAGAAAGACUGGAUAUUCAAGUCUAACAUCAACUCCAGAUGCAUCUUCAUUAGAUGAUAUUUUUAUUCCCAAGGUUUUCAGAGAUAUCAGCUCUGGUUUGAAUGAGCUAAAAAGGCAACUCAGUCAACUUGAUUCCGAUGGCUCUGACGACUUCACCACAAAGCCGGAGCCUUUCGAGUCUGAAUUAGUUCACUUGGAUGAUCCAGCAGAAUCUUAUGUAAGAGAUCUGCUUGUUGCCUCUGGUUUGUACUUUGGUUCAUGGAAUAAAUCUCUAUUAAGAGGGGACACAUUUGCAAAGCCCAUUGGCAACUCAGUUUUUGAAGAAGUGGAAGAGUCUCAUAACAAUUUGAUCAAGGAGGAUGAAAGAUCCACAAAGGAUCAGAACAAGAACAAGUUAGAGCACAAAGUUUUGCUUGAUUUGUUAAAUGAGGCACUUUCCAUUGUUCUUAGGUCACAUUUGACGUUGUCUAGAUUCAGAAGGAAACUAAGCAAUUCCUCCAUGCAGCCUCCACCAUGUGGAAAGGAACUACUGAAGUUAGUGUGGGACAUUGUCAAUGUUUCUUUAAAUCCUACAUCUAACACAUGUCCUUAUUCACUUGAUAGCUUGCUGUCACAAGAUCUAGGAUCUAUUUCCUGGUCUGGACUAACAAAUGAUCAGAUUGAUACAUUGGAAAGAGAGAUGGCAUGUCUAAUCACUGAUGAUUUGGUUGAAGAAUUCACAAAGGAUAUGCUCUUUUAGGUGUAGUGUGAAGUAUCAUUAUGCCCUUUGCUAAGAUAACGUUUUCUUUGCAUUGGAGCAAGGCAUGUACAUGAUUAUCCUACAGUAACCAAAGUGAAAUAUUACUUUCUAUAUGAUAGUUGUGACUUGUGAUAACGGAAUAAUGCAUGAAUGUGUAUAUUUAUUUUUGUGAGUGUGAUAAA